AGUGUUCACAAUCACAUUUCAUCAAACCAAAACAGCGAAGACGAUCAUUUCUCUGGCAUAGUAGACACUAGUGGGUGUCGCAUCACGAUCAUACAUACUACAAUGAGCGGGAGAGGGAAGACAAAAAAAAGUCCAGCCGGGCCCGCGCAAAGAGUCCAGCCGGGGCCAGAACCAGGGUGUGCCAAGAGUUUGGUUCGGGACAAGAAUGGUUCAAUUGGAGGUUGCCAUGCAAUGAUGGACACUAAGGAAAUGCAACAGAUUCCCGAGGAAAAUAAACCUAAGGAGCAUAAGCAGCCUAAGUGCACCACUGAGGGAAAGCCAACUGUGCCACCAGAGACCGGUUCAAGGAUUGUUGACUCAUAUCAGGAUAAGAUCCUGUUUACAACACUUGAUAAAUUAAAGAUUAAGAUGACACGUAAAUCGGAAUCAUCAAGAAUUGUCAAUGACGUGGUAAAGUGUAUAAGUGACCACAUGAAAAAGCGUACAGAAUGCUUCAAAGAUGUAAAUGUUCUGGGCACUGGAAGUUACUACGAAAAUCUAAAGAUUUCUGAUCCCGACGAAUUCGACGUGAUGUUUAAUUUUCCGGUGGAGCGGGUGGACAUUCGGCCAUUUGGAGACGAUGGAGCUUUUUAUAGCGUGGCAUUUAAACGGGGAAAACACUCUCUGGAUCGCUUCAAAAAUAGGGACAACACGGUAUCUGCGAGUGAAAUGCUGAAGGAGUUCAGAAACGAAGUUAUAACGUCUGUGAAGAAACAGAAAGACGUGUUGGUGGAGAAGAAGAAAAAGGGUUGCCCGGCGGUGACCUUAAUGCUAAACGGGACGGGAACUGUUCCCAUCUCACUGGACAUUGUUCUGGGACUACAGGUCAAUUCGAGUUGGCCCACUUUCACCCAGGGAGGCUUCAAAAUAGACACCUGGCUUGGGACCAAAGUGAAGAAAGAUCUAAAGACACAUUCAUACUACCUCGUUCCGAAGUAUGAGGGAAAGGGCACGGUGGAACUGGAAGGGGUCUGCGCCAAAGACUCUUGGCGCAUCUCAUUCUCGCAUGUGGAGAAGAGUAUCAUAACAAAUCAUGGCUCCCAGAAGACCUGUUGCGAGGCAAGCGGAAUUCGCUGCUGCAGGAAGGACUGUCUGAAGCUUCUGAAGCACCUGUUAAGCCUUUUGAAGGCAGAGGACCCUAGUCUGUCCAAGUUCUGUUCCUACCAUGCAAAGACCACCCUUCUGCACGCAUGCUGCUCCAGGACCAAGGACAGUGACUGGGAGGCGACGCAGCUGGGACCCUGCUUCCAGCAGCUGUUGAGAGACUUUGAGGGCCACCUGAAAGAUGGCAAGCUCCCCAACUUCUUCAUCCCCACACACAACCUGCUGGGCUCUGGCCACAACCGCAGGAGCUGCCUGAUCCUGGCCCAGUGUAUUGAGGAGCAGCGCAACAAAGGUUUCCCCAUCUUCAGCUAGUGAGUCGGGACUACCUCAAUCACUGCCCCCUUAGUGACUCACCCAGAGCCCCAAUAGACAUAAGUGGAGUAUAGCUGUGGUCCCAUGCUGUUAUCUAUGUUAAAAGCAAUGGCAUAGGCAGGAGGAAUUGAAGAGCAGAGGAGAAAGGAGUCAGAAGUUACCAUUUAAUUCAGAUCAGAACAGUUUUGAGUCUUCCCAGAGAUGAUACAUGGAGAAGAGCAGUUGGCUUUCAAAUUAUAAAAAGGUAAUUUAAACUGUCUGUAACACUAUGAAUUAUUCAAUAAAACAAAAAUGUGUAACACAAAAAAGGAUGAACGCUGGAGAUUCCAGAACUGAAGUUGCAAGUUGCUUCUUCCUCUCCUGAAAAAGUAAGAAACACAGAUUUGACAAUUGGCAAAAGGAUAUGGAUAUGAGCUGUCAGUGAGGAUUUUUUAACUGUUUAAAAAAAAUAAAACCCAGGAAAUCUUCCUACUAAGUACGUCAACACCAGCUAUAUUUGGUGUGACCACACUGUCAUAUUAUAGGACUCAAACGGUCUAACAGAGGGAAUGUGUGUGCGAUGUGAACGCACUGCAUGUUCUGUUUUCCCACAGCAUUUGUAUUUCUGUUCAGCUUUUUCCACCAAAAGCGGUUUCUUUGUUAAUGCAUUGGAAUUUAAGGCCUGAGGGCAGUGGUGUUUUCAGCUGAGUAUCAAUAAAUUGCAACGUGUAUGUGCCAAAUAUCCUACUUUUCAAUAAAAGGGAAUAAAUUGCAAA